AUGUUACCAAGAUAUUACUGCAAAGUAUCGAUACGAUUAAAUUCCACUUUCUCGAAGAUAGUUGAAAAUGCACCAAAGAUAUCAGACAAUGAAAAUUGGUUAAAUUCCCUUGAAAUACCCAAUCCAGCAAGCUCUUUAAUUUCUGGGAAUAAAUCAUGGAAGACAGGUGAUAAAUUCCCCUUUGAGAUCAUCUCUAAUAAUGAUGCAAGAAAUUUUAAGGGGCAAAGAUUCAUUGAUUUAAAGGCUUCAUUACGAUAUUUCACUUCGAUAAAUUAUUUACAAGAGUUUAAUAAGCAUAAGCAUAAGAGAUCGCAGGGAAAUUUUAUUGAUGUUAGAAUAGUGAAAUGUAAGAGUGGUAUUGGCGGUAAUGGAUGUAUUUCAUUUUUUAGGGAUGCUAAUAGAAGGAUUGGACCACCAGAUGGAGGUGAUGGAGGUGAUGGUGGUAGUAUUUAUAUUCAAGCGGUUGAUAGUAUGGAUUCUUUAGCUAAAUUGAAAACAACAUAUAUUGCUGGUGACGGUGAAAACGGAGCCACAGACCAAUUGGAUGGAGCUGUAGGUAAAGAUAUAUUGAUUAAAGUACCGAGGGGAACUGUUGUUCAUUGGUGUAUGGACCCUAAAAAAGUACGAGAAUAUGUUCAAGGGAAACUACAGGAUUCAGACGCUACAAAAGAUAAAUCUUUACGCUCCAUUUUGGAAAACAAUAUGUUAGAAUUGAAAUGUGUUGCUACUGACAGAUAUAGACAAGAUGUGCCACAUAUUCAAAUGUUUAGAAACUCGUACGAAGUUGGAGAGGGAUGGAUAUAUAAGGGACAAACGGAGGAAUUUCAUACAAGUAAAGAUUGGUUCAAGGACUUAAAGGAAAAAGUGAAGUUAUAUGAUUACGAUCUGGAGAAUGCUGAACAUUAUCAAGAUACUAUCCCCUUAUUUGGUAUUGAUUUAGAUGAAGUGAGUAAUGAACCAAUUUGUCUCUUAAAAGGUGGUAAAGGUGGUCUUGGAAACAUGCAUUUUUUAACAAGCUUAAUUAGGAAUCCAAGGUUUUGUAAAGUUGGUCGGAACGGAUUGGAACAACACUUUAUGUUUGAAUUAAAAAGUAUAGCAGAUUUCGGACUGAUUGGGUUACCAAACGCUGGGAAAUCUACUCUUUUGGGAGCCAUUUCGAAUGCCAGACCAAGAAUAGGACAUUGGGAGUUUACUACUCUAUGUCCAACCAUUGGUACAGUAUCCUUGGGGAUAGAUGAGCCAACUUUCACAGUGGCAGAUAUCCCUGGUAUCAUUGAAGGGGCAUCUCAAGAUAAAGGGUUAGGGUUAGAGUUUCUACGACACAUUGAACGGUCUAGGGGUUGGGUAUUUGUAAUCAGUCUUGAGAGACCAGACCCACUAUCAGACCUCGAGUUGCUGAUAAACGAAGUGGGAGGAUUAGAGAAAGUGGAAACUAAGUCCAUAAUGGUGAUCUGCAGCAAGGCAGAUGUUCAUCCCGAGGUAACAGCGGGACCUGAAAGCACUAGAGGAAAGUAUAUCAAAAUGGAAGAGUUCUGUAGCCGCCGAGGUUGGGAGACCAUGCCGAUCAGCGCGCUGCGCGGGGAAAAUUUGGAAAUCUUGAAGAUGAAAAUGUUCCAAUCGCUCGGUGGCCGCGUGGAGAGGUAA